AUGGAUAUAACUUUUGUUGAGAGCGAAAAAGGAAAGAAGAAAUUAUGUUUGGAUGGAUAUCUAUAUAUUAAGGACAAAACAGUGAACAAUAAGAUUUACUGGAAAUGUGAAAUGUGCAAAAAAAUGAAAUGUUCAGCACGUGUUAUCACUGUCAAUGAAAGUAUCCAGAAACGAAGUGGGAAUCACAACCAUGCAGGAGACGCUGCUGAAAUUGAUGCCGCUAAAGCCAUGGAGAAAGUGAAAGAACAUGCAAUAAAUAGUCAAGAUACACCACAUUAUAUUGUAUCAUGUGCUUCAAUGGAAGUAAGUGGUGCUGCAGCGGUGAAGCUCCCUUCAGUAUCAAAUAUGAAAAGAACCAUACGUAAUAUACGCGCAAGGAAAAAAUACUGGACCUGCUUUGCCAAAUAG